AGCCCAUGAUGCUGAGCUGCAAGGCCAUAUUCCGCCUGGCUCGCCGCUCCCUCGACGCCCUCGUCGCCUUCAUGAGGGCGUACGCGCCCACCCCGUCUGCUGAAGAGGUCGUGUCCUACCUGAGCAGAAGCCAUGACAACCUUCACCAUGCCGCCGUGCUUGUUGACAGAGAAGGUGUUUCCCACGCAAACCGCAUGGACGACGCCUUCAGGGCUGCCAUUCUGGCAGCGCAUCUCCCUAGUGACGCAGCUCGCGAGGCUCAGUUUUUUUUCAUUGCCAACUGUGCUCCUACUGACGCUUUUCUUGCAAAGCAUGGAAUUCAUGGUCACCCAUUAGCUUUUGGAUUAACUGACCCGAGGCCACAAAGCAAUUCAUCGCUUAUAGUGCUUGAAUUCGUCAAGCUGGUUGUUUCCAGUUUAGCUCUCACACAGCCGCCACCAAGCUCGUCGAGCCUAAGCCAAGGAGCAUAUAGAGCGUUAAGGAUCAAGAUGCAUGCCUUCAAGAGGGAUCAGGAGUUUUGCCUUGGUAUAGUAAACAUGGCGCUCAAGAAACUCGCGUUCCAGUUUGGGGAACUUUAUCAGAUUCAUCUACUAUGCGGCAAAAGUUUGGUUACUUUGGUUCCUGAUAGCUAUUAUCAUGUAAACUUCUUGGCAUCACGCGAGAGCGAGCCUAAUCAGCCUAAGCUGUUUUUUUUGCUGAGGUUCGUGCUUCACUUCAAGAUGUGGAUGAUGUGACCUUGUGCUGUCCUGUGACAUUAUCAGGAAGAGCUGGUGGAUGCUCUGAUUGUGAGUAUAUGGGAAUGAAACUCAUCCAUCCUGUAGAUGAGAAGUUCAAUGGACAAUGUGACUUCAUUAAGGGUAAAGACCCACACAUUGUUGAACUUUUCAGGAAAGACCCUACCUCAGAGUUUGAUGUUCCACUGAUUGAUGAUUACAUUUUCUUUGAGCUUGAUCACCACCUUGAGGUUACAACCUUCCUGGAGACCUCUUACUCCUAUAUGAGUGAUGAUCAAGUGGACCUGAGUCUU